GCGACCGAUUCCAACGCGCGCGCCGACUUACGCUCGUUUCUGGUUCCAAUUGCUCAAGACUUUCAUUUUUUAAAGAUUCGCGAUCGCUCGGCUCAAAAUGCCUACCGAUGAGCACCACGAGGAGUCGGCUGAGCCGACAGGCGACGUCGAGAUGACUGAGACCCAGAACACUCAGGAUGGCGAGGAGCAGGAGAACCCCAACGGGAGCGAGCUUCCUUUCGCCGAGGCCGAAAUCACAGAGCCUAGAGUCACAUUUGCCAACUAUCUUAUGAGCCCGAUCGCUACCCUGCUCAUUGGAUCAGGCGAUCAGUCAAUUCUCACGGCGCAUCAAGGCCUCUUGGCCCAGAGCCCUUACUUUAAGGAGAUUUGCGACAGAUUUGCCGAGGAUGGCAGCCCGCGUCAGAUCGAGCUCCCAGACUACGACAUCGACACCGUCGGAAGCUUCCUCGAAUUCCUCUACACUGGCGAAUACUUCCCCAAGAAGCUCCCCGGCCAGCGCGUCCUCGAGUCGGACCCCUCGAUCCCCUCGGUGGACAACAGCGGCGACCAGCUCCUCAAGCACGCCCGCAUCUACACACUCGCCGAGAAGUUUGGCGUCUCGGGCCUCAAGACCCUCGCGAGCUCCAAGAUCCACUGCGUCAACUCGACUGCCAAGGGCGAGAUCGCCUACGCCCGCUACGUCUAUGCCUACACCGGUACCGACGAUACUACAGUUCGCGCACCCAUCGCGAGCUUCUGGGCUACCCGCUCCCACACCCUGCGCGCCGAGGCCGAGGACGAGUUCAAGGCUCUGUGCUUGGAGCACCCCCAGUUCGGAUACGAUGUUCUCACUCGCGUCUUGGACGACAAGCUCAAGAGAGAGCGCAACGACAAGAUGCACCCUGCCACAAGCAGCGGCCGGAAACGCGCGAGACACAGCAGCGGCGGCUCACGCGCCGAAUAACCACAGACGCGUUGAGAGGGUGGAACUGGCCGGGAUUAGGCCACUGGCGCAUUUCCUGCUUUGUAUGAUUGAUUUUCUGGGAUAUUCGUUUCACCUACCGGGCGCAAUGCUGUACUAUAAUUCGGGAUUUACAUCGGCUGCCAGAUGCGGUCGCUUCAAGAUACGGAUGUCAUGG